UGCUAGAUCAGAAAUCAACAGUAUGUGAGGUUAAAAAGAUAUGUCGAACGGCGGAAUAGAAGCAUUCUGAGAAAUUUGCGAGGCACAAUUAUCUUUCAUUUUUUUUUGUAUCACUGUCAGGCAAUUUUGAUUCCAUAUUCAAUAGUUCCAUAAUAUUUCUAUGAAUAUAGAUAUCAACAUAGAUAUCACAAUCGAUACUGUCAGUUUAACCUGAAUCUGUAAACACUUGUCGACCAAGAGAAACGGAGAGUUCACGACAUAAAAGUAUAGGCUACUGCAUAUAGAUAUCAAAAUUGAUACUGUUAGUUUAACCCGAAUCUGUGAAAACUUGUAGACCAAGAGAAACGGAGCGUUCACGACGUAAAAGUGUACUACAUAUAAAAAUAUGAAGGACGAAGAAUUUGUCACAAUAACACAAAAACAAUUCGAAAUAUGGAAAUUAAAAUGUACCGAGAGAGCCGAAGAAAUGCGACGAAAAAUAUUCGAAGUAUCUUCAGAUGAAGAUGAAGAGCUAGUAGAGGAAAUGGAGGAGGCUUCUAGAGGAACCGUCGAUGUAGUGAGAAACGAACAGAAAAAAGUUAAAGAAAAUAUAUUUCGACGAAUUAUAAAAUACAGAUUCCCAACUACAAUUGAUCCGUAUGGAGACAAUGUAUUUUUGUUUUAUCAAUUUCUGGUCGCUGUUUGCUUCACCUAUAAUGCUUGUAGUAUUCCAGUAAGAAUGUCAUUUCCGUAUCAAACAAAAGAGAAUCUAACAGGGUGGCUAAUAGUUGACUAUAUAGCCGAUGCAAUUAAUUUUUUCGAUAUAAUCGUCUUUCAAAUCAGAUGCCAAUAUAUUGAAGGAGGAAAUUUUAUGAGGGAACGGAAAGAUACUAUGAAACAUUAUUUGAAAAGCAAGGAUUUCAGACUCGAUUUAAUCUCUAUAUUACCCACAGACUUUAUGUAUUUUCUUGUUGGUUUCAAACCAGUACUGAGACUAAAUCGUUUAUUCAAAUAUAAAUCGUUUGAUGGAUUCAAUAGCAAAUUUGAAAUGGUUUUGGAACAAGCAUAUGUGUUCAGAGUCGCAAGAACAACAUGUUAUCUGUUGUAUUUUAUCCACAUCGAUGCAUGCUUAUAUUAUUUUGUGUCGUAUUAUCAAGGAUUCCAAACACCGUGGGGCUAUCAACAAGUGGAAGGAAAUAUCUACAUCAGAUGUUUUUAUUGGGGUUUUCUGACAACAGUUACGAUCGGAAACGUCGGAGAUCCAACGACAAAUUUUGAAUUUGCUUUUCAAUGCACAAAUUUUUUCUUGGGUUUAUUUAUAUUUUCUAUCGUCAUCGGACAGGUUAGAGAUUGUGUUCAAGCACAUUCAGCAGAACAGGCAGAUUAUCGAAGAAAGAAAAAUAAUUGCAUUUAUUACAUGGAGCUCAAUAACAUUCCACCAUCUGUACAGAAAAAAGUUCGUCAGUGGUUUGAAUAUACAUGGGAAACUCAAAAAAUAUUGGACGAAGAACAUUUACUGAGUCAGAUCCCAGUUAAAAUGCAUGCUGACAUUGCCAUCAACGUACAUAUUGCAGUUCUAAACAAAGUACAGUUGUUCAAAGGGUGCGAUCAACAAUUACUAAACGAUCUGGUGCUGAAACUUCGUCCAGUACUUUAUCUUCCAGGAGAUUACAUUUGUAAGAAGGGCGAAAUCGGGAAAGAAAUGUAUAUCAUAAGUAAUGGCUGCGUGCAGGUUGUCGGCGAAACAAAAGCUCAAGUAUUCGCGACUUUAUCAGCUGGAACAGCAUUUGGUGAAAUCAGUCUUCUUGCCAUUGGAGGAGCAAACAGACGAACUGCAAACAUAUUUUCUCCGGGAUUUGCUACCUUGUUUAUCUUGAAGAAAAACGAUCUGCAUGAUGUUGUCAAAAAUUAUCCAAGAACACAAAUGAUGCUAAAAAGAAAAGCGAAGGAGAUUUUAAAACAAGAUCGUGACAAACCUCCACCCAAAAAAUUAUCUGCCUCAGAAUUACUACCUGAAGGAUCGGGAAACAAAGCUCCAAAACGUUCUUCGGGCCGGGGAUAUAGAUUUUUACGUCAUGUGGUAGACGCAGCCGAUAACAAGGUUAAAGGAUUGAGACAAAGCAAAAAUUCGUGAUUAAUGUUUUACGUGAUGAUGAUGUCACCUGUAUAGAAGAUAAUGAUAUGGAACGUAAAUUUAGUUUAUACAUACUUUAUCAAUGAUUUUUAAAUCACUUUUAUCGUCUUCAAUAUUAAGCUUUACACCAGUGGUUCUCAACCUUUAUUAUCCCGUGGCUCCCAUCCGGAUGGGUUUUGGUAGUCAUGGCCCCUGUUUAUCAUUCCAGUGUUAUUCAUAGUGUUACUUUGAUUGACAGAUCAAUCAAAGUCAAUUUUUAAUCCAAUUUUGUUUAAACAAUUUGUGCUCAACAAAGUGGAAACACCCUGUGGAAUAGCCUUAUCAAACAAUGAAACUAGAUGGCCCCUCCAACUUCUCUGUGGACCCCAUGGUGGGCCACGGGCCCCCUGUUGGGAACCACUGCUUUACACUAUCAAAACAAUGAGGUAAAUAGUUAUCUGGCGAAUUUAUUCGUCAUUUCUUUAUUUAAAUUUAAAUUGUCACCUUCCGCACAUUUGUACUCAAUAAUUAUUUUGAUUUCGAAAAGAUUUCUUGUAUAUAUGGUUGGAUAAUUCUACAUUUAUCGGAUUACAUAAUUGGGUUACUAUGUCGAUUUGUAAGCUAUUCUUCAUAAUUAGAAAAUGAUUUUUGUUGCUAAUUGCAGAAACAGAAACGACACACGCUUUUUUAUUAUUCAAUAUAUAUAAUAUAUUAUCUUUAUAAUACAACCCAAUAUUGAUAUGUCAAAUAGUUCAAAGACAAGUUCGCAUCUUGUGAACUAUCACAUCUUCUGACAACAUCAAAUCCAGCAAGACGCAAUACAUUUGUUAUUAUUAUAUCCCCAAUGAAUCAGGUGUUAUAGGCGUUUACAAUUGACACAUAAACAAAACAAUUUGGUCGAUGAUUCUGACAUUUUGAGAAUGCGUUAUACACCUCAUACCACUCCUUUUUAUAAACCCUAUUGAAUCUCCGUCUAGGGGUCGAUUCUGAGUAUCACUAAUCCAACGCACUCACACAAGUUGCGGUCUAUUUGAGGCAUAGAUAUUUUCCCUGAUAAUACAGUUAAUUUCUCAUGUUUGAUUAUUUUUCCAAAGAUUGAAGUGAGCAUAUUGGUUCUUUUACAGUUCAGCAAACCAGCAAGUGAACACUGACAUAUCUCCUGUCGUAACAUAAUGCUUAACUUGAUCCAUAUUUCUCGAAACUUGAUACAUGUGUUUGGAAGUUAAGAUAUAUAUUUUUUUAAUAUUACAUAAAACUGAAGACAACUUUUUGUAAUAAUAUUUUAUUGUAGUAGCGUUUUUGAGCACAAUAUAUUGAACAAAAAAACCUUCAGAUAUAUUCUAGUUGAUUUGUAAGGCAUGCAAAUAAUGAUAAAAAUUGCUUGCUGGUACAAAAUAAGAAAAAAA